AUGGAUCAGCAAUAUGAAAUAGAAAAUGAUGAUUAUAUUGAAUUAGCAGAUAAUAUUAAAUUAAUAAAUCUUACUAAUGAAGAAACUGCUUGGGUUGAAAUGGAAGAUAUCGAUAAUAUCUAUAGUGAAGAAACUAUGAUUGAAAAUGAUUGG